AUGGGUCAUGAGCUGGCCGCCGGCCCCAAGGAGAGCCCGCCCGCGGCGCCGGCAGGGCCCCCCGAGGUGUGGAAGAAGGGGGGCCGCCUGCUGUCGGUGCUGCUGGCCAUGAACGUGCUGCUGCUGGCCUGCACGCUCGUGAGCGGCGGCGCCUUCAACAAGGUGGAGGUGUACGACACCGACGUGUUCGCCCUGCUCACCGCCAUGAUGCUGCUAUCCGCGCUCUGGAUUCUCUUUUACCUGCUGCGCACCGCGCGCUGCGCCCGCGCCGUUCCCUUCCGGGACCCGCACGCCGGCCCCAUCUGGCUCCGAGGCGGGCUGGUGCUGUUUGGGGUCUGCUCUCUGGUCAUGGAUAUCUUCAAGACGGGCUACUACUCCAGUUUCUUUGAAUGCCAGUCGGCCAUCAAGAUUCUGUAUCCUCUCACCCAGGCUGUGUUUGUCAUGGUCCAGACUUACUUUCUCUGGGUGUCUGCUAAAGACUGUGUUCACAUCCACCUGGAUCUGACCCGGUGUGGCCUCAUGUUCACACUCAGCACCAACCUGGCCAUCUGGAUGGCAGCCGUGGUGGAUGAAUCCGUGCACCAGGCCCGCUCCCACAGGAACACCAGCUACUCCCGCAUUGCUUCUGACCAGCGCGUGGACGGCCCGGUGGCGGGGGGAGACUGCCCCUGCAGCACGGCCAUCUGCAAGGCCUUCCAGCAGGGCUACUUCUACUUGUACCCUUUCAACAUCGAGUACAGCCUCUUCGCUUGCACCAUGCUGUACGUCAUGUGGAAGAACGUGGGCAGGCUGCUGGCCUCCUCCGGAGACUUGGGCCACGGCCACGCCCCUUCCCCGGUCCGCCUCUUCCGGGAGACAUUCUUUGUUGGCCCAGUCCUGGGCCUGAUGUUCUUCGUGGUGGGGCUGGCCAUCUUCAUCAUCUAUGAAGUGCAAGUGAGCGGGGCCAGGGGCCACGCCCAGCAGGCCCUGGUCACCUACUACAGCUUCAAAAUCAUCUGCCUGGGGCUCAUGACCUUGGUCAGCCUGAGCGGCUCGGUCAUCUACCGUUUUGACCGCCGGGCCAUGGACCAGCAUAAGAACCCCGCGCGCACCCUGGACGUGGCCCUGUUGAUGGGUGCUGCCCUGGGCCAGUACGCCAUCUCUUAUUACUCGAUCGUGGCCGUGGUGGUGAGCACACCCAGGGACAUAGUGGGGGGGCUCAACCUGACCCAUGCUGUGCUCAUGAUUGCCCAGCAUACCUUCCAGAACGUGUUCAUCAUUGAGAGCCUCCACCGGGGCCCGCCCGAGGCUCAGCCGCUCAAUGCCCUUCCUAAGGAGCCCUGCCUUACCUUUGCUAAUCCAGGCGCCCUCCACUCCUUGCCCACCUGUCCGCCCACCCCCAGGUUGGUUGGCCCCAGCCUGGUGGGCCCACAGGAAGCCGUGGCCAUCAUCUUGGCCCCCAGGGCCCACUGGAGGCGCCGGUGCCUGAAGGACAUUUCUCUGUUUCUCCUGCUCUGCAACAUUAUGCUGUGGAUUAUGCCUGCCUUCGGGGGCCGCCCUCACUUCAGCAACAAGGUGGAGGUGGGCUUCUACGGCUACUCCCUCUGGGCAGCCAUCGUCAACAUCUGCCUGCCUUUCUGCAUCUUCUACCGCAUGCAUGCUGUCUCUAGCCUGCUGGAGGUCUACGUGCUGUCCUGA